AUGGAGGACUCUAUCCUCAUUGCGAUUGAUCGUGGCGGCACCUUCACCGAUGUGUGGGCGUCGGUGGAGGGCAAGCCGGAUCUCGUUUUCAAGCUGCUUUCCGUGGAUCCCGAUCACUAUAAAGAUGCUCCCACUGAAGGCGUCCGAAGAGUUCUUGAGCAUUAUCUUGGACAAGAAAUUCCCAAGUCAGAGCCGUUGCCGAAGAAGCCCAUCCGUGCGAUCCGCAUGGGAACCACGGUCGCAACGAACGCGCUUCUCGAGCGAAAGGGUAGCCGCCACGCCUUCUUGGUAACUAAGGGCCACAGAGACGUCCUGGAGAUCGGCUCACAACAGCGUCCGGAUAUCUUUGCCCUUGACAUCCGGAAAGCCGCCGUCUUGUAUGAUGCCGUGGUUGAAAUUGACGAGCGAGUUACCAUCGAGCACUACGACGAGGAGCCAGAUCGAAUCAAUGGCGCCCGAAAAGUCCUACAGGGCGAGGUUGUAAAGGGUGUCGGUGGCGAGCUCAUUCGCGUCCUGGAGAGACUCAACGAGGAAACGACCAGAGCGUCGCUUCAACGUCUAAAAGAUCAAGGGUAUACCACUGUUGCUGUGUGCCUGGCGCAUUCAUUCCUCUUUCCCGACCACGAGUGGCGAGUUGAAGCUAUAGCCAAGGAACUUGGGUUUGAGCAUGUCUCUCUGUCAUCCGCCGUAGGUGCGAAUAUGGUCAAGAUGGUCUCCCGAGGCGGGACAGCUUCUGCAGAUGCCUAUCUUACGCCGCAGACGAACAAGUAUAUUGCGGGCUUCGCGGCUGGUUUUGAAGGUGGCAAUCUUGACGGUCUCCGGUGUGAGUUUAUGCAAAGCGACGGCGGUCUGGUUAACUACAAGUCCUUUAGCGGCAUGAAGGGAAUUCUCAGCGGACCCGCGGGCGGCCUCGUUGGUUUCGCCAGAACGUCUUAUGACGGCCAGACCCCCAUCGUCGGGUUCGAUAUGGGAGGGACCUCCACGGACGUGAGUCGCUUUGGCGGAACAUUCGACCAUGUCUUUGAGACUACUACCGCCGGUGUCACGAUUCAAAGUCCCCAGCUAGAUAUCAACACGGUCGCGGCAGGCGGUGGCAGUAUUCUCUUCUGGGAGAACGGACUUUUCAGAGUCGGCCCGGAGAGUGCAGGCGCCCAUCCUGGGCCGGCAGCCUACCGAAAAGGGGGCCCUCUUACGAUCACCGAUGCCAAUUUGCUGUUAGGUCGCCUGUUGCCGGAAUAUUUCCCAAAAAUAUUCGGCCCCAGUGAGGACCAGCCCCUAGAUAUCGACAUCGUAAGGCAAAAGUUUGGUAAGCUCGCCGAGGAUAUCCAAAGGGAUACCGGUCGAACUGUCACACCUGAAGAGGUUGCCCUGGGAUUCAUCGAGGUUGCGAAUGAAACUAUGUGCAGGCCAAUUCGAUCACUCACGGAGGCGCGUGGUUUUGACAUCGAUUCGCACAACCUCGCUGUCUUCGGUGGUGCGGGAGGGCAGCACGCCUGCGAGAUCGCAGAGAACCUAGGAAUCUCUAGAGUUGUGAUGCAUAAAUAUUCGAGCCUUCUGUCAGCAUAUGGGAUGGCUCUGGCUGAGGUUGUCCAAGAAGCACAGGAGCCUUGCAACGAGGUUCUAACUCCGGAGACUCUGCCAAGUAUUAGUGAGCGGCAUGAGAAACUUCGUCAGGCAACCGAAGCGGCGCUUCUCGAGCAGGGCGUUGACGAGGCAGCCAUCAAACAUGAAAAAUAUCUUAACCUACGCUACCGUGGUAGUGAUACCACCCUCAUGAUCCUCGAGCCAGCAGAUGGCGACUGGAGGAAAGAGUUCAUCGCUGAACACCUGCGCGAGUUUUCCUUCGUGUUACCAGAAGAUCGCGAAGUAUUAAUCGAUGAUAUCCGCGUCCGGACAAUUGGCAUUAGUCGCGAGAACAACAAAGACAGCGAGGUACUGGAGCGUGAGCUUCGAGCCGACAACUUCACCCCCAUAGAGGCGGCUAAGCUAGCCACUGAAACUCGCCCGAUAUAUUUCAAGAAUGGAGGUUUCCACCAAUCAAGCGUUUUGCUUCUCAAGGACAUAACCCCUCGCAACCUGGUGACCGGACCGGCUGUGAUUAUCGACAACACGCAAACCAUCGUGGUGGCCCCUGAAUGCAAAGCACGCAUACUUUCAAGCCAUGUGGUUAUUGAUGUCAGGGCACCUCAGAUUGAGAAAUCUGAUAUCCUGACCGUGGACCCUGUUCAGCUCUCCGUCUUCGGACAUCGCUUCAUGAGCAUUGCUGAGCAGAUGGGCCGCGCGUUACAGAAGACAUGCGUCUCCCUCAACAUUAAGGAGAGAUUGGACUUUGCCUGCGCCAUCUUCAGCCCUCAGGGCGACUUGGUAGCAAAUGCGCCGCAUGUCCCCGUCUUCUUAGGCAGUAUGAGCUACGCUGUGAAGGGCCAAAUCGAGCUAGUUGGCGACAAGAUGAGGCCCGGUGAUGUUUUCGUUACAAACCAUCCAAUGAGCGGAGGAACACAUUUGCCCGAUUUGACAGUCGUGACGCCCGUCUUUAACGACAGCGGAAAGGAGAUUCUCUUCUUCCUUGCUUCUCGCGGCCACCACACCGAUAUUGGCGGAUCAGAAGGCACAUCUAUGCCGCCUAACUCGACUGAAUUGUGGCAGGAGGGUGUGGCUAUCCGGUCAUUCACUAUGAUCCGUGACGGACGCUUCGACGAAGAUGGAAUCGCCCAGCUAUUCGCCGAGCCAGGCAAGCGACCAGGGUGUAAUAGUACACAACGAUUGAGUGAUAACAUCACCGAUCUUCAUUCCUUUGCUGCGGCGAACAACAAGGGCGCUAAACUUCUCCGUAAGCUGAUUGAGCAGCGCGGCAAGGAGACUGUGCAAUUCUACAUGGCCGCCAUUCAGUCCAACGCUGAGAUUGCCAUUCGAAAUUUCCUGAAACGAGUACGAACGCAAUAUCCCGACGGUAAACUUAACUCUGUUGGGUACAUGGACAACAGCUCUCGGAUUUGCCUUGAAGUACGGAUUCGGGAAGACGGGAGCGCCACGUUCGAUUUUGCUGGCACGACGCCCGAGUUGCAUGGAAACAUGAACGCUCCCCGGGCUCUGACUUACUCGGGCAUUAUUUUCUGCCUUCGAGCCAUGAUUGGCUCGGAUAUCCCGCUCAACCAGGGAUGUCUAUCGCCUAUUGACGUGAUUAUCCCCGAGGGCUGUUUCCUCAACCCGUCCGCGGAUGCAGCCGUCUGCGCCGGCAACACGCACACUUCCCAACGCAUCUGCGAUACUAUAUUGCAGGCAUUUGAAGCGGCAGCAGGAUCUCAAGGAUGCAUGAACUGCGUGGGCUUCUUUGGUGGUGAAUCACUUGAUGAGAGUGGUCGAACGAAGGGAUUCAAGUACGCCUUCGGCGAGACGAUUUGCGGUGGCGCCGGCGCCGGACCGACAUGGCAUGGGGCCAGCGCUGUGCAUACGCACAUGACCAAUACGCGUAUCACAGAUGUGGAAUUAGUCGAGAAGCGCUACCCUGUACUGAUGAGGGAAUUUAGCAUCCGAAGGGGAAGCGGUGGCAAGGGCACUUUCAACGGAGGCGACGGCAUCCGAAGAGUGUACGAGGCUUUGGCUCCCCUGAGCUUCAGCGUCAUCACCGAGCGAAGGACGACGAGGCCUUACGGUCUCCGUGGUGGUGAACCUGGCGCGCAUGGAUCGAAUACUUGGAACCGGAAACAGGCGGACGGAUCGGUCAGGGCGGUAAAUUUGGGACAGAGGAAUAUGGUAAGAAUGAAGCCUGGCGACCAGCUAGUCAUUGAUAGUCCCUCCGGCGGCGGCUAUGGCGCCGUUACCGCCAAGAUCAAUGGAGUCAAUGGAACUAAGGCCAAUGGGACGAAUGGAGCUGCGGAGGCAGAUAUCCAUAGCAAGGUGGUCAGAGUGAACGACUAUGCCAACUGGGCGCCAGAAGGCUUUUGA